AAAACAAACUGAGGAGGACAGAGUGUUGAUUUGCUUUAAGCAGAAGGGCAAAACAAAAUCAGUCAAGAGAAAAGGUACAGUAGGGGAAAAAAUAGAGCAGAGAAAAAUGCAGGAAGCGGAAAGAGGGGUUGAGAGAUAGUGAGAGCGUGUCUAAAAGAGAGAUAGAGGGCGAGAGAGAAAUACAAAGGGAAAAGCCGAGCUUCUAACUUGAGUGAUUCCCAGACUGGCUGGCAGUGAGCUCUGAUCCACCUGCUCUGAUGGGGUUUCAAACCCUUACAAGCAGCGCUGGGGGAUCCUUAGGGCAACACUUUUUUCUGCAGUUUUUCUAAUUCCCAUCUAUUGAGCACAUCAGCCAACACAGAGUCAGGAUAAGCUAUCCUCAGCCUCUCUGACAGCAAAUGGAUCAUAAACCGAUGACAGACAAUACAAUCCAAAUAAGGAAAUUAAGAGAGACCUGAAUGCAAACGGCCCGAAGACGACUGGCAGAAAUGAGAGUGAUUUUAGUGUAUGCCCUCCUCUGCCCCCUGUCUUUGUCACAUGGCUGUCCAAAGGAGUGCAGCUGCAACAGCAACACCAAAGUAGUAGACUGUCGAGGUCGAGGACUUUUUGACAUCCCUCGACGACUGGAUCCAGAGACCCAGGAACUGCAUCUUCAGGAUAACCGAAUCAGGGGGUUGGGAUCAAUGGCUUUUAGGGAAAUACCUCGUGUUCGAAUUCUUGACUUAUCCAAUAACUCUAUAACAUCCAUUUCACCAACUGCUCUACUUGGUUUGAGGACUCUGCAGCACCUCAGCUUGGCUUAUAACAGUCUGCGAGAGCUUGACAAGCGACUCCUUGGACCCAUACACUCACUGUCGCACCUCGAUCUCUCGCAUAACAGCUUGUGGGGUUUGCCUGGAGCCAUCGGGGAGAGUUUGAGGAAUGUCAGCUACCUGGGGCUGGCAAACAACAGGCUAACAAGACUGGACCGUACACUGCUUGAGGCCGUGACCAGCCUGGACAGCCUCACUCUAAGAGGCAACCCCUGGAGGUGUGACUGUCAAAUUUUGAGCCUCAAACUCUGGCUGGAGACCUACCUGUUUAAAGGUGGAGUGCUGGAUGAAGUUCUUUGCUUCCAACCAGAAGAAAUGAAGGAGAAAGACUUGCAAAAAAUCCCUUAUCAGCUCUUCCAUACCUGCAUGACAACAAGCUAUCAUUACCUGUUUGCCAACAUUCAACACCUGGAGUCUGAGAGGCUGCAGCGAGGUCACACCCAUGGCAACAAUGCUCAUCCUUCCAGCCACUCUCUUCACGUCCCCAUGGCGAUUGGGGAGGGUUUUGGUGGUGCUGGGAGAGGAGGAGGAGGACCCAUGGCGGAGUGUGAACCCAAGCAGAAGCAGCGGCCUGUCAACUUGCGCCACGCUAUUGCCACAGUGAUCAUCACCGGUGUGGUGUGUGGGAUCGUGUGUCUAAUGAUGCUGGCUGCAGCAGUGUACGGAUGCGCCUACGCUGCUAUCAUGGCCAAAUAUCAGCGGGAGUUAAAGAAGAAUGAGGAACUGGCUGCAGCGCGGGGGGCAGAGCAUGCCACAGCAGAUGAGAAGGAACCACUGGAGAAUGCUAUUGCCUAGGAGACUCCUGACUUAGGCCUCCACCCUUUAACACUAAUGUCUCUGGUUGCCAUGUGUGGACUUGUACCUAUUUGUACGUAAAAACAGAAUAUACUGAAACUAAAAAAGUGAUAUUAUAUUUAUUUUUGCAUAAUAUCUCCUCAUAUCUGAGACUUGGGUAGCUAAAUUCUACAAGUAUUUGACUAUGCACUGAUAAGAAGAGACUCUGUUAAUGUUUGACAGGCAGGGCAAAUAAUUCAAACUUAAAAAUUUAGUUGUGAAACAUGCAUAUCACAGAAAACUGCUAUAUAUUUAUAAAUGUAUAUUUUUGAGUAUUUGUAAUGUAACUUUCUGGAAUUUAUUGAAAUGGUUUUAAAGUCUUGAUGUCUUUUGGUUGUUCAUCAUAAUUUUAAAGCUGUUUAUGACUCAUAGUAAAUAAUCCAUAGUAGGCAGCUGUUCUCAAUAAAGUCCCCAAUUUGUUUGUAUCAGUGAUGUGUUUUUGAAAACGAGACUGUGUUUUCUAGUGUGUGUGUGUGUGUGUGUGUGUGUGUGUGUGUGUGUGUGUGUGUGUGUGUGUGUGUGUGUGUGUGUGUGCAUUUGUAAGAAGAUGUAUUCUGUAUGCACAUGUUACAGGGAUCUUUAUGUGUCUGUGCCUAAAAUACUUAAUUUUGUGAAGAAAAAAUAUGUUUUCUAAAAGAUUUUUUUCUGGUAACUGAAGUGAAAAUGUAAAAUUUGUUGAAGCAAUAAUGAAACAACCUAACAUGAAAACAACUAAAA